CCUCAUGAUCUUUUAUCAAACAGAAAAUCCACAAACUCUAUGACAAUUAAUAAUUAUAGUUAAACAUUGGUAUUGAAAAUUUAAAGUUUGGUUAGUCGGAUUCGAAGCGCGUAGUAUCGCAGAAAUGGCGCUUCUCGGAUCCAACGUAACAAGCGAGGUUGGGCUGCGGUUGCUUCUUUGUCCUCUUGGUUCUAACAUUGUAAUUCGAACAGCAUGCUGUUCUAUUGGGAUUGCUUUACCUGUGUACUCCACAUUCAAGGCAAUUGAGAGGAAAGAUCAAAAUGAGCAACAAAGGAUGCUUUUGUAUUGGGCAGUUUAUGGAUCUUUCAGCAUUGUGGAAGUCUUUUCUGACAAGCUUAUUUCUUGGUGUCCUUUGUACUACCACCUGAAAUUUGCGUUUCUUGUUUGGCUUCAACUUCCAUCUGCUGAUGGGGCCAAGCAAUUGUACAUGAACCACCUACGUCCGUUCUUCUUGAGACAUCAAGCUAGAAUUGAUCAAAUUAUGGGUUUUGCAUAUGGUGAAUUGGUUAAACUCAUAAGCGCACAUCAAGCCGAAAUUCAGUUCGUUAAGAAUAUGCUUAUGAAGAUUAUGGGAUCAGCGGACCAAUUUCUAAGGGCUGCUGUGAAAGGUGAUCAACCACGACAGCACAGUGCAAUUGAAGGCCCGACAAGAACAUCCCCAGAUACCGACUCAGAUCAUGAUGGUUGAUACCUUCCUGUAAAUAUGCAUGAUUUUCAAUCCUUUUUAUCAUCAUUCCCCUCCCCCCUCCAUCCCCUCCCAAAGGAAAAGAAAACCAAUAAAAGAGAGAGAAAAAAAGUGCUAUGUUAGUGGGUGUGGUAUUAUUUUCAUACGAUCAAAUAUGGUAAGCCAAGCUUAUAGCUGGCAUCACAUUUCUGUAGAAUCUUUUCCAAGAAAUAGCUGCCAAAACAUAAGGCUUGUGUAUAACCUUUGUUCGUACAUGGAACCUUUAUGGUAAAUGCAAUCUACUUGUGUCUCCCUGUAA